AGUCCUUCAUCCCUGGAAGCAGUUAUUUUCACUUCUGUAUUAUUUAAUCACAGCGCACCUUCGUUGACUCUCCAGUCGAGCGACCUGCCCCGGAGCAUCCGCCAGCCUCUCUUGGGGAGAAGACGACGGGAUCGUCCUCCGAGGCUCCGUUAAGAGAUCGGCGGGAACCUCAGCAGCCAGCCGAAGCUGAGAGGGGACUACGAUGCCCCGGCGCAAGUGGGGCUCUGGCGCCGCGCGUUUCCUUCUGAUGGUUCUUGUCAUCCACAACUUCCAUGCUACCCUAGGCAUUUUACCCUUUUCAUCCAAUGAAAAGCAGGACUGUUUCAAGGGAUAUAAUCAGCAUCCACUCAAUAAUCUUCAUUCUUCAACAUCGGAGAAAUGGUCCCAAAAUUUCUUUCCAAUUGAAGAAGAAAAAGCUGCAUCCACGGAACUGAUUGGAUGGAUCACUUUUGAUGUUCGUAAUAGAACUAAUAAUAAACUGCUAGCAAAGUCCUUGAAUGUCGUCAUUCAGAUUCAGGAUAUAAAUGACAAUGCGCCUCAGUUUUCCCAAAGGGAAUUCAAUAUCGUCAUCAGAGGAAGUUACCAGAAAGGUGAAAACUUUUACAAAAUGACAGCUUUUGACUUAGACCAAAAAGACACUGCAAAUUCCAAAGUGGUAUAUUCUCUGAUUUCGCAGACCCCUCAACUAAAGUUGCCUCUCUUCAUUAUUGAUUCCUUUAGUGGCCACAUGAGCAUUACACAAUGCUUGGAUUAUGAGGCCAAUAGGAAUUUCACAGUUCUGAUCAUGGCUUCAGAUCAUGGAUCCCCACCCAUGUCAUCAACUGCAAGAGUCAAUAUUGCUGUGGAAGAUUCAAACUACAAUUUGCCCGUAUUCACCCAAAAAUAUUAUCAUGCAGAUGUCCCAGAAGGCACAUCCGAAAGCAACAUCCUUCGCCUCAAAGUGGAAGACAAAGAUAGUCCUAAUACACGUGCUUGGAGAGCCAAGUAUUCCAUAAGAACAGGAAACGAAAGAGGAAACUUUGCUGUUUUUACGGAUUCGACAACCAAUGAAGGCGUUUUACGUGUUGCCAAGCCUUUGGUCUAUGGUAGCCUUUCCAUGAGGAGACUUGUCAUUGCUGUGGAGAAUGAAUUGCCCUUCUUUUUAUGCGAAGGAGGCCUUCAGCCACCGUUUUCUGAAGUCUCCGUGAACAUCAAUAUCACCAAUCGAAACUAUGCCCCUCAAUUCAUUCCUCCACUUCUUCAUUUCAAAUAUCAAGAAGGGGUCAGGGCCGGUACUACACUUGUGAAAUAUACAGCUCACGAUUCAGGCACAGCACAAGAUAAAAUCAGAUACAAAAUUGGGUUCGAUCCAAGUGGUUGGUUAACAAUCAGUGAAUAUUACGGAAUUGUGAAAAUAGCAAAAACUCUUGGUAAAGAAUAUCUAUUUAUGAAUAAAACCAUUCUGAUUCACGCCAUUGAUGAUGGCACCCCACCGUUAACUGGCACUGGUACCAUCCAACUUUACAUCAGUCCUUCAAAACCGAUUAGAGUACAAAAUUUGACGAUAUGCGAGGAAAAAGGACUGGGUCCUUUCCAUAUAACAUCUGAAGUUGAAGAGUACAAUUCAGUCCAAUUGGAAGAUGCCUUGGAGGGCACUGAAAAUCUCUGGAGACUGGGAAAGAGCUUUGGUAAAUCGGUUGAACUUUUUAUGCUGAAAAACCUCUCUCCUGGCGAUUACUCGGUGCCUCUCCGUAUACAAGAUUUACAAAGGGUUUUUAGGCAACAGACUCUGAAUGUCCACCUAUGCUCUUGUGCAAAUGGGAUCACAUGUGAUGAGAUCACAAAAACAAUCAUAGGAGAGCCCAUCACUGCAUCAUGGGGACCAGCAAUUGGCAUAUCUGUCUCUAUAUUUCUGUUACUGAUAUGGUGACCCUGGUGUGACAGUGCUGAAAGGUAUGCAACCAAUUGUGGAUCCUCAUGUAGAUUUAUCUAUAAGAUACACAACCGGAAAUUAUAAUCAGGUGUUUCAAAGUAUGAGGGACAACAUUAAGGAAGCGCAACAGAGCCGUGGGUACUGGAUGAGCUUUUGGGAAAAGCACAAGAAAACACCUGAGAACUUUUUGGAAACAGUGGCUGCUACCUUGAAACGA